CAACCACUACCACCAACCCCGUUCCCACCGAUAGUCCUGAUAAUCUUGAGCACCGCAAUCUUUCGUUAAUCAAAUCUCUACACAUACGCAGCAUUUUCUCUCGCUAAAUUCCACACGAUGGCUUCGCCAAAUGGGCCCUCUGAUCAGUUUGCGCCCGUGCUCGCGGCUUUGGCGACCAUGCAGGGCAACGUCGACCGGGAGCAAAAGUACCAAGCUACACAGUUCCUGGAGCACUUUCAAAAAUCGCCCGAGGCAUGGACUGUUGUGCACGCUAUUUUACAGUCUGAGAACGCUGGUGUUGAGGCACAACUUUUUGCUGCGACAACAUUGAAGGGAAAGAUCACUUACGAUAUUCACCAACUACCACGGGAUGCCCUGGUGGAUCUAAGGAAUUCCCUAUUGAGCCUACUUGUUGCUCACCGGAACGGCUCACGCCCGAUACGAACGCAAUUGUGUGUCUGUUUAGCCAGUCUGGCCUUACAGUUGCUGGAGUGGAAGGACGUUAUUGGUCUGGUAGUUAGCACACUGGGAAAUGAUGUGGAGAGCAGUGUGUGUUUAUUGGAAUUUUUGAAAAUCCUCCCCGAAGAGGUUACUGAAGGGAGGAAGGUUAGCUUGACGGAGGAGGAGCUUGAGACAAGAUCUCGAGAACUACUCACGGAUAACGCUACAGAAGUACUCAGGCUCCUUGUCCAAUAUGCGCAAUCCACAGCUGGAUCUCCACCCAAUCCUGCCCUAAUAUCGUGCGUAAACUCCUGGCUUCGUGAGAUCCCGGUUCUUGAUGUCAUCGGAACCCAGCUCAUUGAUGUUAUCAUCUCUGCACUCUCCUCAAAUGCAGCUCUCGACCCUGCUGUUGAGUGUCUUUGCAAUAUCUUUCGGGAGACACGGGAGGUUGAUGCAUCACAGGAAGCCAUCCGGAUCUUAUACCCGCGGGUCAUGAACCUGCGACCGAAGAUCCGUGAAGCAGCUGAGGCGGAAGAUCCGGAGAAAUUCAGGGGGUACACUCGAAUAUUUGCAGAGGCUGGAGAAGCUUGGGUGGUUCUAAUUGCACGCAUGCCGAUGGACUUCCGUGAAUUGGUGUCAGCAAUUGCUGAAUGUGCUGCUCUGGACGCUGAACGCGAUGUUAUUUCACUAACCUUUAACUUCUGGUACGAGCUCAAGAACUAUCUGGUGCUAGAAAAGUACAUCGAGGCCAGGGUGAAGAUAGCUGAUAUCUAUUCGCAACUGGUUGAUAUCAUGAUUCGGCAUCUUCAUUACCCCGAAGGAAGUGAAGCAGACCCGUUCGACGGAGAUAGGGAAACAGAAGAAAAGUUUAGGGAGUUUAGGCAUUCCAUGGGUGAUGUUCUGAAGGAUUGCUGCGAAGUUAUUGGCUCGGCAGCAUGUUUAGGCAAGGCUUACUCUGAAAUUCAGACCUGGAUGCAGCGUUAUGCCACCACCGCCCAGAAGCCUGUCAAUGGUCAAGUCGAGCACUGGCAGAGUUUGGAAGCACCCCUCUUCAGUUUGAGGGCGAUGGGGAGGAUGAUUCCUGCGGAUGAGGAGCAAGUGUUGCCCCAGAUAAUGACAUCCUUGGUUCAGUUACCGGAACACGAUAAGGUUCGAUUCGCAGCAACAUUGGUCUUGGGAAGAUACACUGAAUGGACAUCAAAACAUCCCGCAUAUCUGGAGCCUCAACUUAAUUACAUCACCAGAGGUUUCGAACAUAACUCUAAGGAUGUUGCGCGCGCCGCCGCCAUGGCUCUAAAAUUCUUCUGCCAAGAUUGUGGAAAACUUCUCGUUGAUCAUGUGGGCCAACUACACAACUUUUACGAACAGGUUGCUGGUGAUCUUCCUAUCGCUAGUUUGUACGAAGUCACAGACGGAGUUGCCCAUGUUGUUGCGGCCCAGCCGCUUGACAAGAUAUAUGAUGCUCUGAGGCUGUUUUGCGAGCCCAUUGCAAAAAGGCUCAUGGAAAAGGCAAAUAGUGCCAAUGACGACAAGGCUAAGUGUGAACUGGCUGAUUACAUCCAACUCUUGACAAUCUUUGUUCAAGUUGUUCAUCCGCACGUUCCCCGGGGAACAUUGAAUCCUAUGAUUCGCUUUUGGUCGGGACUUAUCCCGGUGCUCGGGACGAUUCUCGAUAAUUUCGUUGAAUUCUCACCGGUCUGUGAGAGAGUCUCGAGAUGUUAUAGGACGAUGCUUGUAAGCUAUAGGACCGAUAUGUUACCACUCUUGCCUCAGUUGGCGGAGAAAUUGGUUGCCUGCUUCCAGAAGUCUCAUCAGGGCUGCUUUUUAUGGGUUACCGGUGCAGUUAUCAGAGAGUUCGCAGAUGAAGAGCUUGUUGAUGAAGCUACUAGGGCCUCGGUUUACCAGUUUCUAGAGCAACAAUGUCUGAACAUGUUCCGACUAUUAAACACAAAGGCCGCUACCGAAAUCCCUGAUGUUAUUGAGGACUUCUUCCGCCUUUUGGUGGAUGGUGUCAUGUUCCACCCCUAUAAGCUGAUACUUUCCAAUUUGUUGCAGCCUAUAUUUGAGGCUUCUCUUCACUCUUUGAGCUUAGAGCAAGUCGACCCCCUUGUGGCCGUGUUGCAGUUCCUUCGCGAUGUGCUAGCCUAUGGCCGCUCUUCGCCGCCAACCAGCGCUUACCCAGACAAUCCGAAGGAAGUUCAGGAGGCUGUGAAAGCUAUGGCUCUGAGCAAGGGAGAGCUCAUAACUCAGAAAAUCUUGAGCGGGUUGAUGUACUCUUUCCCAAGAGACUGUGUUCCGGAUUCCUCGGGAGUCUUGUUGGCUCUGGUUGAGCUUUGUCCUGAACCUUGGCUGCAAUGGAUGAAGCACACUCUAGAGCUUCUACCGGCUGGAAGCAUUUCUCCUGCCGAAGCCCAGAAGUUCUUGACCACGCUUGAGGGUGCUGUCUCAACAAGAGAUUUCAAGAAAAUCCGAUACUCCCUUCAGGAUUUCACCAACUGGUACAGGCGUAAAAACGUCACACCCAGAACCGCUAUCACAGGAAUUGAAGGUAUCGAAGGCUCUCGUUUCUCAUUCAGCGAAUAAAAAUCCUCUCCUCUCACUACCUACAUCCCUAGCAAACGACGGAAUGUCAAUAUCCUAGAUAAAAAAGAUGACCUUUCAUCGACCAGAUUUGCUACUUGCCUCAAUCCGGUUGUGAAAACCCCAUUUUUUAUCAGCCUUCUUUCCUCUUCUCAAUUUCUCUUUCCUGGUGGGGCUUACUGUUUAUCUUUCUUUUUUAUUCUAUUUUCCUUACUCCCCGGCUCCUUUUUCCACCUUCUGCCGAUCAUCCCAGAAACUGGCUCCAUUUCCUUUACCCAUUCAUUACCUUUAUUAGUUUCUCGCUUUUUUUCUUUUCGUCUAGAAUAGGGUAGAACGAAUGAUGGUGGAAAAACGAGAAAAUUGAAAAUAUAAUGAUGAGCUUUCCUUCCUUUA